AUGAAAUUAAAUUACUCAAAUUUUCAUUUAGAUGAAAGCUCGUCGCAUCUCCGCUCCCACUCAGAUACCAAGAUACUCGAUGAGCGGAGAGUAGGGCUAGAAACGUACCUCAGAGCCAUCCUAAGCGCUAAAGAGGACACGCGGCGGGGGAGUUUUGCUUUUGAGGAGUUCUUGGGCAUACCAGUCGUCAGGCAAGAGCUUCAAUCCCGGCUCCAGGAUGACAUCAAUAAACGAGAUGACCUCUCUGAUCGAGGAGAUGUUGGUGCCUCUGUGGCGGCAAAGUCGAAGCUUGCUGUUGUUCUGGCACGAAUUGGGGCGCUGGGGAAAGGCUUGGAGGAACUCGCGGUGGCUGGAAUGAGCGAGGGCGAGCUGCAGCGGCGGACGGACAUGAUUGCACGACUGCAUAACAAUCAUGAAAAGCUCAGGUCAAGGGAAACAAUGCCACCACCUCAUCCAGCUGAAAUACUAUGGGAAGCUCGUUCCACGCUUCUAGUAUUGACGUCCAAUUCACCACCUCCGACGCCUUCACCUCCGCCUCCCUCAGAAAGUUCCGAGAAGUGGCUGGUCUACCCUUCCACCAGUCAACAACAUUCCCAGCAUCCCACCUCGGUGUCAUCAUUUGAUUCAGGACUUGCGCGACCACCUCCCAUGUCUCAACCAUCCGGAUUUGGGUGGCAACAAUUUCAUGGAGUUGGGCGGGGAAGAAGAUAA